GGCUUGUUGGCGAGCGGCCUUCCUUCCGAGUGGCAGGCCCUUCCGGCUAGCGCGGGCGCGGCGGGGGAGGAGCCAGCGUCCCAGCCAAUGGGAGAUGGCGGUGGAGAGUGGGCGAAGGGAAGAGGGCGUGCUUCCGGCGUGACGAGCAAAAGGCUACCCCUCCCCCCGCUUCCCUCAGCCGGCCGGAAGUGCGGUAGCGUCUGAGGGGGAGAGCGAACACGGGGCGGGUGACAGUGGGGCGAACUGAGGCGGCAGGUAAUUUUCGGGGGGGGGUGUGUGAGGAGGACUGGAGGUCGCAACCACCGGGGGGAGGGAGUGGGGGGGUUGCUAAUUAGGCAAGGGUGGGGGAGGGGCGAGCGGGGUCCUCGCGUGUGAGGCCGAGAGAGAGACGCCCUUGAAUUGACGGAGGUGGGGGAGGCGGCGGCUGUAGGGGGAGACUCACCCCGUCGCUGAAUGUUCAUUCUUGACCCAACUUCAAAAAGUCCCUGAGGAAAAUGGAGGGGGAGGGGUGGAGCAGACGAGGGACCCCAUUCGCACGUGGGGAGGACGAGGAGGAGGGGGCUUAACGUAACACACACCCCCGCGGCCUAGCUUCCAAGGCAUACCGUUUAUAAAUUUUACUAAGUUCAUUAGGGAACAGCAGCCAAACGCCGCAGCUUAGAAGAGUGCCAGGAUGUUCCCGCAUUGCAGGGGGUUGGGCUAGAUGACCCUCGCCGUGUGCGGGUGCCCCUUUCCACUCUGCAAUUCUUGCACUGGGGUAUGUCACUCCUCUGUCCCUGCUUUCCUCCCGUUUUUUCUUGGUCGUCCGUCCCACGCAUUUCCCAAGAAGAAAAGGACACUGGUUUCUGGUGUUGUUAUUAGUAUUACUAUUAGUCAACCUUUUUACUUGCUUGCCACCCGAAGGUCUGCAAGCAACUUACAGCAAAGGAAAAUGCACAGUACAUAAUACCACUUGCCCACCCCAUUGCUGUGUGUUUAAUUGGCAAAGCACUUCAUUUUGCAAAUUGGAAACCUAUUAUUACUUUGCUUGCUGUUUGUUCUCUCGUGUACCAUUUUUAGAAAGGUGGGGGGGGGGAGAGUGACUUGUGUUGUUUACAUGGAGUGUUUACAUUCCAUGGUGUGAUAAACUUCAGCAUAACUACCUACUCAGGCUGAACAACGUCAAUGGCUAAACUGGGGUUUGAACUUAAGAUCUACAAAUAUCAAAACUGGUAGUAAUGAUAGGAUUCAAGGGUUGCCAUCCCUUAAAUUUGCCUUGUGACCCUGAUACUCAAAACAGUACAGCCCCACAAUUGAUAUCCUUUAAUAUGGUGCUGUUCUCAAACUUUACAGAUGCCCUGCUUUAUAUUUAACAAUUGCUUCUCACUGUGUCCAUUUCCCAAACUUGGAAGUUUGCAAGGCUGUGUAUUAUGAACUGGUAGACCUAGAAUAGUUCUUUUUCUUAGCCAUUCACAAAUAUUUGGACUUGUUCCAAAUAUUUAGUAUAUUGUUUGUUCAGAGGUGGGAAACUGUUGUUCUCUAGUUGUUAGACUUGAACUCUCAUCAGCCUUAGGCAUCUUGGCCAGUGGUUAGAGAUGUUAGGGAUUAUAGACCCAACAGCUUCCCGACAGUUGACAUGGUAAUUGGCUGGGAUUCCAAAAUCUGGUAACUUAUUCAUGCUGUUUAGCUAGGAAUCAGCCAUGUGAGCUUCAAAAAUAUGAGUCUGGUGAAAAUAUUACAUUGUUCUUAUGCUAAUCAUUUUAACGUGAACAUAUUUGCAGUGAUGCAAGGAAAUUAGAGUGAUAACAGGUGCCUUUAGUCACUGUGACAAAUAUUAUAGUUCUUGGGUAGAGCAGUAAUUCUCAAAGGGUGUGGCAGGAGAGGAUGGCAAGUGUGGCAGGAAGAUUCAAGGACAGUCUAAUAAACAUUUAAACAUUUCAGUGUCAAAACAAUUUGUUUGCAGAAUAUGAAUAGAUAUAUUUUCAAAAUGAGAGCAAGAGCACCAAGUGAUUCUGAGGACAAUCCUAGUUAUGUUUUCCAAUGUAUUAUUUCUUAUCAAUUAAAAAAUCAGUGUGGCACAAGCAAAUUUUUAUUCUGAAAGUAUGGUCCAGAGAAAAAAGUUCAAGAACCACUGGUAUAGUGUUUAUUUCAGAAUGCAUGGUGCCUUAAUGCUCUAAAGAGCACUAGCAUUCAGUCUGCUUUGUGUCACCUACGGUGGCUGUGUUUGUAGCCAUGGUUUGUUCAACAAAUCAUGAGAUGGCUCAUUGCCAAGCAAGCAAGCCGCAGUUUUGUUUCUCCCAGGCUUGAUUUGUUUUCCAGCAGCUGUUGCCUUGUGUCUCUAGUUUCGUGAGUGGUAUGGAGUGGCUAAACAAUUCAUGGUUUUGAGAUGCUAUGGACUGUAACACCCCCUACCAGAAGACUAUAUGUCUUUGUCCAGGAUUGUGUUUUACCACUUUUCUCCAGCUAUGUUGAUGACAGAGUCUUUAUAACUCUGCCCAAAUUUCUUUCAUGAUGCUUGUGUUCUCUUGCAUCACUUGUUGUUGCUAAUGGGUCACUUGAUACACUCCAAAGUGCUGCUGUCAUAAAUGCCUUGUGGUAUGGCCUGGGGCCACAAGCUGACCUGGGAGUUCUUGGCUUUUUUGAGGAAGAAUGGAUUUGAAAAGUUAGCAAUAGCCAGCAAAAAAUCAAUUUCACUUGAGAGAUCCUGUAGCAGAAAGUUAAGAGCUGAAGAAGCUUUGUCAGGAAACAAACGCCUGAAUGCAAGAGGGGUUUGCCUCUUGGGUGCAAUCUGAUUCAUUUCACCAGGAUUCUUUAGCUGCUGUUCACUCCCUAGAGACUCAAGUUCUCAGAAGCUCUUUAUAAGAAUGAUCAGAAGUCUGACUUGAAGAAAAGCCACAGCCAGGCAACGAUGCUUUUCCUGUUUUGGAGAGGAGAAUGGUGCUAGAGGACUACAGGGCUUCUUGGCGCUCUGCGCACAGGAGUAGUGUGUCAUUGGUGAGUAUUGCUUCAGUAACUGUUGCACAAAUAGCUGUUCUUUUUGGACUGUGGCAUCUCCUGGCAUGGCAUAUAUGUGUGCACAACAGGCUAAUUCUAGCUGAUUGCUAAUUCCCUAAAGAAUCCACUUUCAAUAAUACUCGUUAGUUUGUGGGCCUUUUGAUUUAUCUGUAUUGUUACAUUUUAUAUCCCAUCUUUCCUCCAAGGAGCUCAAGGUAGCAUACAUGGUUUUCUUCCUCCUCAUUUUAUCCUCAGAACAGCCCUAUGUGGUAGGUUAGGCUGACAGGCAGUGACUGAUCCUAGGUCACCCAUACUUUGAUUUAGCUAUUAAACUGCUAGUGCUAUUCACUGAAGUGCAUUCUAAUUGUUGUUGUUUUAAAAUGCUUUUUAUACUUUCUGCUUUGGAAAAGUAGUUUACACUCUUUAAAAAAGCACAAGCAGAAGUCUGCUGAUCCAUCCUCAAAAUAGGCCCCUGUUUUCCCAUCAGGUCUGAUGUAAAUGAGCCUCUAAGCUAUUCUGAAGGUGGUCCAAGUCCUCAGCUUUGCUUUUGCUCCCCAAGUUGCUAGUAUUUUCAGGGAUCUAGUGAUAGUUAGCUGUUAGUUCUAUGUAUCUAUUCUUUAAGUUGGUGGUACUUUUUCAGUUGGUGCACUAUAGUAAUGGUUUUCUAACUCUUCUGUUUUCAGAUUCUGCAUAAAUAUCUCUCAAAGCAUUCUGACUCUGGAAGCUCCCUUCAAUCAUUGCUUGUUCCCAUAACCAGACGGCUUUUGAUCCUUGAUGCUAUUCUGACCCAAGCCCUGGUCAAGUGCUUACCAAAGAUCAGAGGAAGGUUGGAGGGUUGGUACUAGAGAUCUGAGUGAAGAGGCUGUUUUUCAGUUUGCAAAGCACAGAGAGAGGAAGAAUUAUCUGCAGGACUUGAAUGAAGAUGAUCAUUACUGCUGAGAUGCUUGAACUGUUGCUCCUGUACAAACAUUGUCCACCCCUGCCUGUAAAUGGAAAGGAUACUGUGAUUGAUUCAACACACCCAGGGAGUCUGCUUGUUCAGGGUGUACAGGAGUUCUGGCUUGGCCCCGCCCAUUUAGGCUGUCAGAUUGGUGCUCUUUAAGUUACCUUUAAAAGACUGAAUUCUCGAAACCCAUUGCUCUUCUGGGCCAUAACCCUGGAUUUGGCCACUGGUAGAACACUUGUAUAUUUGAAAGAGAAAACGUGCUUAUUAUGAAAUAUUAUCUCUUUCCAGGAUGUCUUCUGGUGCUUUAUUUCCAAGUCUGGUGCCAGGCUCCCGGGGCUCAUCUAGCAAAUACUUGGUAGAGUUCCGUGCGGGAAAGAUGUCUUUGAAAGGCAGCACUGUUACACCAGACAAGAGGAAAGGUCUUGUAUAUAUCCAGCAAACGGAUGAUUCCCUCAUUCACUUCUGUUGGAAAGACAGGACUUCAGGGAACGUGGAGGAUGUAAGUAGAAUGCUGCAGCCUAAAGGUGUAUGCAUUGAUUUAAUGCUGCUUCGUGUUUAAAAUCAAUGUACAUAAGAGACUGUUAAAAGACAUUUAUGUACUAGAUUGAGGUCUGUGGUUUGAAAAAACGGGUUUCUUUCUUCCCUGGCCACCUGACAUGUAUCUCAAGUUUGUGUGGAAUUUGUGCAUCUUGUAAGAAAAAGAUAAGCAUGUUCCCUAGAGGCAGGCAUAACAUGUGCAUCUAUGUAACUCCCCAUAGCUUGCAAAGCCACCCCUGUAAGCUUGUCAUGGGAGAGACAUUCAACUGCAGCCUGACUGAGAAAGUGGUUAGUGAUCUCUUUCUUAUUGUAACGCACUUGGAUAGUUUUGUGUGGAAAGUAAAUAAUAAUUUGUUGUCAUCUUCUUCCACUCCAGGACUUGAUUAUUUUCCCUGAUGACUGUGAAUUUAAGAGGGUGCCUCAGUGCACUACAGGCCGCGUUUAUGUGUUGAAAUUCAAAGCUGGAUCCAAGCGGCUCUUCUUCUGGAUGCAGGUUUGUAGCUGUUAGCAGAUGAAGGGGAAACGAGGCAUAAGUGAUGCUAGUUGUUGCUGUGCAACAUUGAAGCUGUGGAUUAGACAUCUGUCAUGGAAUGCAAAAAUGCAUUUUUCUUCUUCUCCCGGCAGGAGCCCAAGACUGAGAAAGAUGAGGAGCACUGUCGUAAGGUGAAUGAGUAUCUCAACAACCCACCAAUGCCUGGAGCUCUGGGUGGUAGUGGAAGUGGAGGCCAUGAGUUGUCUGCCCUUGGAGGUAUAGACCUUUUCCAUGAGUCCUUUUCUGUGUGUUCUUUAGUAUUAAGAGCGAGUUCUGAUACUUUAGGGGGUUUGUUUGUUUGAUUCUUUCAUUGCAAAACCAGCUUUAAUUGGAUGUUUAAUUAAUGUAGAACAAUAAAAUAGUAUUAAAAAUAAAACUAUAAGGCAAGCAUAACAAUUUCAAAUAUCAACUUGGGAAAGCUUAGGAAACACAGAUGUUUAGGAAACAUGAGAUGUGUGGAUAUUCUUGAUAUUCUCCAGGGUUUACCUGUGGUUCUCUUUUGUAUAUUAGAAGCAAAACAGUGAGAUUUUCCUCAUAAAACCUGUUGCCAUUUUAAAUUGCCUGUCGUUUAGAUGGAGAGCUGUAAAAAUGUGUGAAUAUAAUACGCUCUCAUCUGUUUAGGUGAAGGUGGCUUGCAAAGUCUUUUGGGAAACAUGAGCCAUAACCAGCUCAUGCAGCUGAUUGGACCAACAGGCUUAGGAGGACUUGGUAAGCUUCUGUUGUACAUUCAUGCUAAAAUUGUGUUUGUCUGGGUUAAUCUCUUCCUAAUGCUCCCUGCAGGUACUAUACUUGGUUCUUAAGCAAAGUGUUCAUAAUAAAUCAAAUAUCACUGGACAGAAAGUUGUGCCAAGUAACAUGAGCUGAUCCAUUCUUUCCUCUAUUCUUUCAUUAAAUGCCUGCAACAUAGAUACAGUGUUGUCAGAACAUUAAAAGUGCACGCUUUGUAAGAUUUCCCUGUGUGUGUGAUGGUAAACCUCCUGCUUAAUGGCAUACAUGAAUCCUUCUGUGACUGAUCAUGCAGCCACUUUGCAUCCUCACUGCUUGAUGCCAUCCAGUGGUCCAGAAUAGAAUGAUUCCACCAGGAGGCAGUUUUCAGAGAAUGAAGAAAAACAGGUUUCCCAGCAUCUUGUGCUAUUAACACAAAGCAUGGCAGAAGCACAAACUUAGUUCUGUGACAACUGUUUCUACCCUUGAGGAUGUUUGGCUUAGAAAUGACAAAUUGAGACUCAGAAUUAAUGCUUCACGUAUCAAAGUGGACUCUCAGACAAAACUUGGCAUAGAACUAGACAGAUAAAUCCUUUGUGUGUGUGCUUUUGCUUAAGUUUGUAUACUCUAAAUUGGACAAAAACCACUUAAGAUGAAGAAAAGGCUGGCAUGAUGGCAAAAAGGAGUCUUCUAUUCCUUCCUAGGUUUAGGCAUGUUUUCAGUCCGGGUGGACCAUUAAUCAGUGAGAGCCUUCAAAUGGACCAAAGAAGUCCUCCAGCUCCUCGCUGAAUUUGUGUAAAAAGCAUCUGGUCUUGCAAUAUGAGCUUGUACGUCUGUGUUUCUGGAUGGGGGAAACUGUAACGUUACUUCGGUUAUUUUGAACAAGAAGUCUACACAGUACAGCAUUUUUAAACCUACUUUCUAUUUAUUAAAAGAAGUCUCUAACACACAUGCUGUCUUUUUCCUUUAUGGAAGGUGGGCUCGGUGCUCUGACAGGUCCUGGUCUGGCUAGUCUGUUGGGAAGUGGGGGCCCCCCAACUAGCAGCUCUUCUUCCAGGUAAGAGCAUCGUGGCUUAUAACUGUCCUUUUAAAAGAAACAGAUUGCUUUAAUAAUACCUGAUGCUUUGUUAAAUUGUACAAUAUUUUAGUGAGGACAUUUCUCUCAUAGGUUUCUGUUUUUAUUACAUAUUGCUGCAGUGUUUCAGAUCCAACAGCCAGUGCUGUGUGGCGAACUUGUGGGGAAGUAGCUCCUGUGGUAUCCGUCUAACAUUUAAAGAGAAUCUCUCCUAUGUGUGGGAAAGGUGGAACCUCAUUUCGGGAUUUGUUUUUUUUUAAAUGAUAUUUAUUAAAAGUUUAACAAUUACAGAAAAAAGAAAAAAAGAAAACAACACAAAAUUUAACAAGACAUACAAUACAUUUACAAUACAUAAAAAGGAAACCAUAAAGAACAAUAUAACAAAAAAGAACAAUAACACUAAAAAUCCAAUAUUCCAUAUCUUUAUCUUUCAUUUACUUGUUUCAUCGACCUCCUCACACCUCCCUUUUUGUAUUCUUGUUCAAUUAAUUGUUUCAGCAAAUUCUUUCCAUCUUUCUCAAUUUUUAUUCUGUAAUUUAUCUUAACAGUCUAACCUAUUUAUUAACUCAGUAAAUCCUUUCCAUCUUUAACUGUAUUCUAUCAUUAAAUUACCUUAAUUUAUUUUAACCUUAUCUUACCAUAAAGAACCUUAAAACUUAAAACUUAAUACUUAUUUAUACAUAACUCCUUAUAUCAUUUCUACUAAAGCCAAGUAGUUUCAUUCCAACAUUUUUCCUAACACUCAUUAAUUUUACACUAAUUCUCAAAAUGAAUUUUUUAAAAACUUUCUUCCAAUCUUCAUCCAACGUCUCUUCUUCCUGGUCUCGGAUUAUGUCAGUCCUUUCUAUCCAUUCCAUCUAGUCCAUCAACCUGGUGAUCUUCUGUCCGAGGCUCUUAAGACUCAUUUCGGGAUUUGGCUAGAGAAGGGAAAUGGGAUAAGAUGGGAGAUCAGAAAGGGUCAGUAGGGUUAUAAACAAUAAGUCUUUGGCUUAUGUAGUACAGUGGUACCUUGGUUCUUGAACUUAAUUCAUUCUGGGAGUCCAUUUGACUCCUGAAACCAUUCAAAAACCAAGGCACGGCUUCCAGUUGGCUGCAGGGGCUCCCUGCACUCAAGCAUAAGCCGUAUUUGACGUUUGGCUUCUGAAAAAUGUUCGCAAACUGGAACACUUCCUUCCGGGUUUGCCGCGUUCAGGAGCCUAUUUGUUUGUCAACUAAGCCAUUCGAGAACCAAGGUGCCACUGUAAUUCUAGGGCUCAUCUUUAAAUUGCAAUUUUAGAAGUUUGGGAUUUCAAACUGAGGAAGGAGGCAUCCCAUUUCCUCCUUACUUAGGUUGUGUUGAGUGAGCUCAGAGCUUCUUUUGGGGGGGAGGGGAAGACCUGUUGGUACUCUGGAAUGGCAAUUCUCUCACUUGCUCUUUAGCUGUGGGAAACAUCCCCGACUUCAAACUGUACUUGCAGAGGCUAACUAUACGAAUUGCCUUUUAGCUCUCGCAGCCAAUCGGCAGCUGUGACACCAUCUUCCAGUACUUCUUCCACACGGGUAACGCCAGCUCCUACAGCUCCCGCAGCAGCCUCUGCCACUGCCACUGCCACCAGUCCCAGUCCUGCUCCGAGUUCUGGAAAUGGGACCAGUACAGCAACAAGCCCUACUCAGCCCAUCCAGUUGAGUGACCUCCAGACUAUCUUGGCAACGAUGAAUGUGCCGGCUGGAGCAGGAGGCCAGCAAGGUAAAAAAGGGGUGUGGGAGCCUCUGUAGCCUGACAAAAAAAUGAGGUCUCCACAAAGAUGCGUCCUGCCUUGUGCUUCCAUGUUCCUUCCUAGCUGCUUUCCAUACUGAAACAGUAUUAGCAGCAUGCUGUUUAUCGUAUUGUUUGUCUUUGUACAGGGGCAUGUAAUAAAGUGGUUUUUUGCCUCUUGUGUUUGCUGCAAGGAUGGGCAUCCUGUGGCCCUCUGGCUGUCAUUGGACUCCAACUCCCAUCACCCCAGGCAGCACGGCCCAGAACAUCAGAGAUGUUCAGAGUUGUAAUCCAAUAGUGGCUGGAGGGCCAGAGUUUCCCCAUCCCCGCAUUACAGUGUGUGUAAGGGACGCGGGUGGCACUGUGGUCUAAACCACUGAGCUUCUUGGGCUUGCCGAUCGGAAGGUGGGUGGUUUGAAUCCCCACGGUGGGGUGAGCUCCCGUUGCUCUGUCCCAGUUCCUGCCAGCCUAGCAGUUCGAAAGCACGUCAAAGUGCAAGUAGAUAAAUAGGUACUGCUGUGGCAGGAAGGUAAACAGCGUUUCCGUAUGCUCUGGCACUUGUCACGGUGUCCCGUUGUGCAAGAAGUGGUUUUGUCAUGCUGGCCAUAUGACCUGGAAAGCUGUCUGGACAAGUGUCGGCUCCCUCAGCCUGAAAGCGAGAUGAGCGCCACAACCCCAUAGUCGCCUUUGACUGGACAUAACUGUCCAGGGGUCCUUUACCCCUUUUACCUUCACAAUUUGUGUGUGUAAGAAAGAAGAUAAGCAAAUGGUGUAACACCAAGUGUGGGUCAAAAUAUGAAAUACUUGGUUUUUGAAACAGUUUGGCUCCCAAAUCAAAUCUGUUUACCAUGCUAUAUAUAUGUACUUAAGAUUUAAUUGUAAAUAGGCUCAGAAUUUUGAUCAGCUGAGGUUUUCAAAAGAAGUUAGUUAAUCAUUUGGUUGACAAUAAACAACAGAACACUGUUACAGGGGGAAUAAUUAAUAUCAUAAUAUUCUGCAGAAAAAUAUGACUUGACAUAAAAUUAGAGUAUUUCUUCUAAACAGAAAUCCAAAACCACCUUGAAUUUGCUUUCACAGGAGGUCAUUAUUUUGUUGACAAUAGUGUAUAAAGGGCAACUAGUUUUCCCAAAACAAGUUUCCGUAUUCACUUGCAAUUCUUGAUCUUAGAUGAGAUGUUAUUUUUGCCAUUACAGUACAGUAUAGCCAAGUCCCAAACUUUAACAGGUCAUUCUUUCCAGGAAGUGAGUAAUGUAACUAGUUUUUAGUCAAUUAGCAGCUGUAAUCAAAUAGGAUGUAAGUUCUUUAUGGUCUUUCUUUAGGAUAGGGGACUUACAAUUGAGCAAUAUCAGUACUGGAUCUAAAGGAACUUCAUCUUCCAAACUUUUUUCUUAUUAUUCUAAUAAUAAUCUUCCAGUAUUUUUGGGUGCAACUGCAUGCCUACCAGAUAAUGAUAAAAAGUUCCAUUCUCCCAUUUGCACCUCCACCCUAUUUUCAAAUAUGAUUUAUUUAUUGCUGCAAUAAUUGCAGAAGUCAGAUGCCAUUAUACCAUAACUUUUAAAAACAAUUUUCCUCUUUUUUUUUUUUUUGCAUAUUUUCUCCAAAUAUCUUCCACACCUCCAUGCUUAUGCUAUUUCCUGUGUCCUUGACUGCACCUUAUCAUACAAACCUUUACUUGUUCCCAUUUGCAGUUGUACUUUAACAACAGGUGAUUAGACUUUUGUGGUGCCUGUGCUGUGACUCGCAGAGUUCUCCUGCAGCAGCUUUGCUAAUUCUUGGUACUUCCGCCACAGACAUUCUGGCUCUGUUUCUUUACAGUUGACCUGUCCAGUGUCCUGACCCCGGAAAUAAUGGCACCCAUUCUGGCAAAUACAGAGGUUCAAGAGCGCUUGCUGCCUUAUCUUCCUUCCGGGGAAUCUCUGCCACAGACAGCAGAGGAGAUCCAGAACACACUGACCUCUCCGCAGUUCCAGCAGGUAAAAGUUUUGGUAUAUUUGGAAAAUACGCUUGGAGGCAGCUACUUGGCUUAAAUAGGAGGACUGACAUACUGGGUGGAAUUGGCUGAAGCACACCAGGAGGAAUCUUAGGCAGAUCCCUGCAUCAUCUGGAAAGCUAUGUGAUGAGGAAGGUCUAGUUAUGAGGCAGUUGACUUCUCUUUUAAGGUCUUUACAAGUUUAAAAAUGGAUGAAUGAGGAUGGGAAAACCAAAGAGGUGGAAGUGGUGUCCCAGGCAACCCCUGUGUGGAUGUACAGUGCAGGGCAAUAGUGUCAACAUUUCUCUCGCACACCAAGACUCUGCACUUUGUGUAGCCUGUCAAAUUUGCUGGCUGGCCUUUCCAACAGUGUCUGUCAGCUAUUUGGGUUGUCUUUCCCCCUGUUUCAGGAUACUGUGCCACAUUUCCCUCUAACCAAUAAAAUAAAGUUUGUGUCUGCUAAAUGCAGUCUUGUGAUUUGUUAUUUAUAAACCUGCCUUUAGAGUGGCUGAGAUGGCACUGCUCUGCUGUAACCCCACAAGCUUAUCUCUAAUUACUUGCUGAAUUAAUUCAAUGCUGAUAGCAGUAAUCUUAGUGGGGAAAGCUGUUUUUUAAUUAGAAGAUUGAAGAAGUUGGCUAGAAAUCCACCCCCCCCCCCAAAAAAAAAAGACAACCCAGCUUGGCAAGAAUGGAAGAAGCUCUUGUUUGAAUCCUUUUCAGUUUGCCUGUUGUAAUAAAUCUCAGAAAGGCCAUCACUGAGCUGGGUGUUGCAUGUAGCCUUGGAUGUCAUUUUAUUGCUGCCUUUGAUGCCUCUUCGAGCUUUCAUACUACCAGAGUUCUUUCUUCAUCAUCCCUGGCUUUAGAGCAUGCACCCCCAAACUCAGCCUUCCAGAUGUUUUGGGACUACAAUUCCCAUCAUACCUGACCACUGGUCCUGUUAGCUAGGGAUGAUGGGAGUUGUAGUCCCAAAACAUCUGGAGAGAUUGGGGAUGCCUGCUUUUGAGUGCUUGCCCCCCAUCAUUCUAUGUUGCUUCUAAACAAUAGGAAGGGAUGGUAUUUUGUUUUUCCCCCCUUGGUUGUAUGGUACUUAGCUGUCUGAGAACAAUUUGUUAUGCUGCCACUCUGUGUAUGGUGUUGGCAACAUACUAAAUUUGGAAAUAAAUUCCACUUUUCAGAACAGUAGCUGUAUUGAUCUUUUGUGCUUUGAAACCCCCCCCCCCCCCAAAAAAAACCCUAUAAUUGAAAUUAGCCUUGUCAAGCCCAGUGCGGCCUACUUCUGCACCUGCAUAGGAGGAGUGGGCAUUCUAAUCUUCCAAGUACCUAUGUUGAAAACUGAAGCAGCAUAGAUUUUAUUCUGGAAUAGUUAAUCCAGAAUACUAUUAUCUCUGGCUGCACCUGCCACCAGAGUGCAGCACCUGAAGGAAUGCUGCCCUCCGCAGGAAUCAAAAAGGCUGCUCAGCCUUUGCUGUAUAGAAUCUUUCUGGAAUUUGACAUAGCUUUUUUUCUUUGCAGGCACUCAGCAUGUUCAGCGCUGCCUUGGCUUCUGGGCAGCUGGGACCUCUAAUGAGCCAAUUUGGCCUACCAGCUGAGGCAGUAGAUGCAGCAAACAAAGGAGGUGAGUUCAUUUCCGUCAAUAAACCCAAAGUUGCUCAGUGGCUGUGCAGUAGGCUCUGCUGGGUCAGAGGUCCUUUGUGUUGCAGUUUUACCAGAGUCCAUAUCCCUUCUUGAUUUUGAAGCCCUCUUGAAGGCAGAGAAUCAGGGUAAAAGGUGGCAGCUCUGGCUCAGCUCUCUGUAACCCAGCGAAAUAUAUAUAAAGAUUGCUGUGGAAUGGUGACACACUGCUUCUAAUGUAGUGCUUUUUGUCCAGUUACAAAUAUGGACUGGAAUGUCAUUUUGCAGGCUAAGUACGUGACAGGUCUGAGCUGCAAUGAACAUGAGGAAGGGGGUGGUUAGACCAUUACAGACCAGCACAGAUGUUCAGAUGUUUCCUUUGUCCACCUACUCCAGGCUUUCUGUCCUGGGUAGUUGUCUUCCUUUUGCCAUAUGCCGUUCACUUGGAGCCAUGCAUUAAGUAGCCUGCUUUCCUAUUGCAUGCUGCCAUGUUAUUAAUUUGAUGUGUCUUGUUUUCAGAUGUCGAGGCGUUUGCAAAAGCAAUGCAAAACAACGUCAAAUCUGAUCAAAAGGAAGGAGACUCAAAAGACAAGAAGGAUGAGGAAGAAGACAUGAGUUUAGAUUAGGUUUCUUAACUGUGUCUUACGGGUACUCCUAGAUAUUUACCUUAAGAUAAGUAGGAUAACUAGCAUACUUCAUGUAUUGAAUCUGCAAGUAAAGGACCUCUCUGCCAAAUUCAUCCUGGGUAUACUGGGUUUUCCCCCCACUUGCUGCAGUUUCAAACAGAUGUUUGUCUUUGUGGCCUUAAAGUACACUUUGGCAGCUUCUUAUUGUUGUCCUUGGAAACAAGUUUGGUUCACCCGAUUAAAUUUAUAGUCUUGCAUCAAAUCCAGUUGCAGGUCUAUGCUUGGGGUUUCUCAUAAGGUAAAGGCAUCACCUUGGCAGAAACAUUUGUAAUUUUUAUAUUUAGUUUGUUGUUGCAACCCAUAUCCAAGAGUUGCUGUAAAGCUAUCCAAGGGCUUAUCUGUAUCCAGCAGAAUAUUUUGAGCUUUUAAACCCUACCUAUUUAAGCAAUUGCUUGGUUCUAACAGUUCUUUUGUAAGAAGUCCCCUUGUUCCUAGAAGGCUGUCUCCUGUUUCUACUUAUUCUCCUCUCCAUCUCCUACAUUGUUUGAGGUAAUCCUGACCCUCAAGUCAUGUUUUUAUGAAUGACAUGGGGCAGUAGGAAUGAAAAAAAAAAACCUCUCAUGAGAAGAAUGUGUGAUUCUGAAGGUUCCAAGGCAACCUGUCCCCAAAUUUCUCACUCAGGAGUGUUGCAUCCUCUGGGCUUCAGCCUAAUUUUAUGCAGGGGGCAGUCUGAGCCCAGUCCACUUUUAGAUGGUGUGUAGUCUUCAACUAUCUUCUAGGACAGAGGUUUCCAAACUCUGUUGUGACACACUCCCCCUGGGGCUGGAAAGAGGUUAGUUUAACCUCCAGUUUGCUAGUAAAAUUGUGUCACGAAAUGAUGCAUGUCUAAAAAGUAUGUCACCAGCAUGAAAAGUUUGGAAAGCUCUGUUCUAGGGACUGGGCCUCAAUAGAAACGGGUUCCUUUCCCUGUUCUUAACUGGCUUGCCCUUCAUAGCCUUGCUUCUCUAUUAGCAAUCCUUGCAUGUUGAAGUAAUAAUAAUAAUACUUUUACUGUUUCUUCCCUUGCCCAUCUGACUGCGUUGCCUCAGCCCCUCUGGGCAGGAAGCUGGGAAACCUCCCUUUGCCUAGCAUCCUGACUUACCCAAAUGUAACUGCAUUUGACAGCUAUGCCUGUUUUUGUGAGAUACAUAAAAAUAGUGACAGGAAUUUUGGUGGUGGAGAGCUUUUGGGAAGUGCCAUACCUGAACUAUAAAGAGAACUGUGCAUUUGGCAGGCAUUUAGACCUCUAAACUUCACUUUACAAAACAAAAACCUGCAGGAAUGUCUGAGGUCCCUAUAGCGCUUGAAACGGUUGUAAAGAAGAGUUUAUAUAAAGUGAUUGUGGGUUUAUUGGCAGCUAUCGAGGCCCAGGCAGAGUAUCUUAACAAAUUCAGCACUACUCCAUAUCGUUUGUAUGAAUUAUAGAUCAUAAAAUUUUAUUUGAAUUAAAAGUAUGUACCAGUGAUUUACAGAGAUUAUCCCUUAAAAGUACAGCUUAAAAACAGAUACUUACAGUGGUUGAAAGUGAAACCAAUAAUUGUUAAAACCCAUUUUACAAUAUGUACCCCAGCAUUAAAAUAGCCAAUAUACUGAUAAGUUAUAAAGUCCUUUUCAAAGCAGUAUCUUGACCCAUGUGAUGAACAGUGUAUAUACACACAAAUAUAUAUAAGGCAAUCUCUAAGUGCACCAUAUACUUUUUUGGGGGCAGGGGGAGGGUGUUAUUGUGAAGUUAAUGCGCCAGGGGAGUUGGGAAACACUGGGUGGUAUUCAAUACCAGUCCUAUUCAAGAGUAAACCUGUUGAUGUUAAUGGACAUGGGCUUCUUAAUUUCAAUGGGUCUACUCUUGAGUAAAGAAUAACUGACUUAAACCCAUGCAAGAACUGAAUGUUGAGCACAGUGGUACAAGAGUCAGCUGGCAGCUUAGUCCUCUGCUGCCUUCUUGCCCCAGGGCAAUUAAUAAGUAGACAAUUUACUAGGGACAUAUUAAACUUCCUACCUCACGUGGAAAUAGGGCUGUAUUUCUUGCACAGUCAACCUGACAAGCUGGUAUAUAACAUGGUUGGAGAAGCAACAUGGGCACAUUUACCGUAUUUUUCGCCCCAUAAGAUGCACUUUUUUCCUCCUAAAAAGUAAGGGGAAAUGUCUGUGCGUCUUAUGGAGGGAAUUCAUGGUCCCUGGAGCUGAAUUGCCCAGGGGUGAAAAGCAGAUCAUGCUUUCCCCCCCCAGAAAGACGGAAGGGAGUGUUGAAAUGAAGCCGCUGAGCAGCUGGUCGGCAAGCGAUCAGGAGGGAGACAAGGGACUCUAGCAAUAAAGGAGGCUGCCUGGGAUGGGGGAGGUAAAGCCCAUGGAUCCUCAGGAUUUUUGCAUUGGGUUACCCCAAGUUCACCAUCAGAUCACAUAGCAUGUCUGUGGCCACAGCAUGAACCACAAAAAUCAUACAUCCACUGUUUCGUUCAGAAUAUUUUUUUUCUCUUGUUUUCCUUCUCUAAAAACAAGGUGCGUCUUAUGGUCAGGUGUGUCUUAUGGAGCAAAAAAUACGGUAGUUGACUCAUCCUUUCCUUAUACAUUAAAGGUUAUCUGCCCAAGUCGUAAUCAAUGGAUUUAAUUCUACUCAUUAACUUAGCACCAAAAACAUGAAAUACUGUUUUUCUGAAACAACGAGUGCCUGGUUGGUAGAGACUAGACAAGCACAAUGCAAAAUGGCUUUGAAGCUCCAAGACUUGCAUCUUGCACAGUUUUUCAUUAUUUCAGUAAAUAAAUACUGACCCCCAACCAAAUGGUUCUCAUGCCGCCAGCUGCUUGGAAAUGAUGAAAUACAAUUUGGAUGAUGGCAGCAAUAAAGUUUUCAUAUUUAGACGUGCUUAAAUAAUUUUGUUCCUGUCCCUUGAGCCUUUCAGCUGGCUGAAGCAGUUGUUCACAAACUACAUUGACAGAUUCAUCCUGAUUAGAAUCUUACCAGGUGUGGGGAGGAGAGAGGGAACACCUUAUGCUUCAACAGUACUAUUAUAAAUAUACCAUAUGCCCUUGCCCUCUUCAAAAACAUUACUGUGGACAAUGUGUAAAGGCAGGAAAGCAUCAAUUACAAAUAAAAACGGAUGAGCCCUCCUUGCCCUCUCAACACACCUGCUGUUGGUGCUGAACAUGGUCUGUAUCCCCAGGUGGCAAGGAAUGCUGUGUGUGCCCAAGCUUGAGGGACUGCUGGCUUCCUGAAGGGUCAUGUGGCUUUCUGCAGUACUGACUUAACACGUACAAAUAGUUUUUACAUAAGUGGGCACUCUGUGAGCCCUACCGCUCCCUGUACAGUCCCAGCUUCUCUUAGGUUAAUUUGGUUCCGGUUGAUCACCAAGUUCUUCAUGCAGCCAAUGUAGGAGGGAAGAUGAGCCACAGGUGCCAAAGGGAGGCCAGUGUCUUCAAGUUCUGUAGAAGAGCAAAAUAAUUUUUUACCACAACUGUAGGCAGUCCGAAGGUCAUUAGGCUUCAGUUUCACUUUAAGCUAAUUGUGACUAAGGCCCAUUGGUUAACUUGUCUAAUAAACAAGGAAGUGCACUCC